AUGGCGAUUGAAAAAGUUCUGGACCACUGCAUGCAGCACUUUGGCGUGCUGAGCGCGUGGGUACAUGCCGCUCCUUUAUACAUCAGUGCACCCGUAUUGUUUGCCGGCUUCGUUUUUCUGGUUAUCGCCCUGAACCUCCUGCAGCAGCUCCUGUACAAGCUGAUGUACCCCCAUCGCGUGCCCCUUGUGCCUUACCUUUUCCCAUGGAUUGGUAGUGCGGUGACCUAUGGUAUGGCACCAUACGAGUUCUUUGAGAACUGCCGUCAAAAGUACGGAGACCAAUUUGCCUUCGUUAUGUGCGGCAGUGUCAUGACUGUGUACCUUGGACCUAAAGGUCACGAUUUUGUUCUCAACGGCAAGCUUGCGGAUGUUUCUGCCGAGGAAGCCUACAAGCAUCUGACGACUCCUGUUUUUGGUGAGGGCGUAGUCUACGAUUGCCCCAAUCACCGCCUCAUGGAGCAGAAGAAAUUUGCCAAGGCUGCCUUAACUCGGGACUCGUUCCGCUCGUAUGUGCCCAAGAUUGUAGAGGAGGUUCGUCAGUUCCUUGAUAACUCCACAUACUUUGGCAACAAAUCCGGCGAGGCCGUCGUUACCGGUGCCACUCCCGAGUUGACCAUCUACACUGCCUCGCGCAGUCUGCUGGGCGACGAGGUCCGGGCGAAGUUCAGCGCUCACACUGCUCAGCUUUACUCUGAUCUAGACAAGGGAUUCAAGCCUCUCAAUUUUGUUUUCCCCAACUUGCCUUUGCCCUACUACUGGGCUCGUGAUAACGCCCAAAAGGCUAUCUCUGACCAGUACUUGGAGGUUAUCGACCGCCGUCGUCGCGAUGAGAAAGGCGAGGUCCACAACCGUGACCUCAUCGAUGGUAUUAUAAACAACUGUACCUAUAAGGAUGGCAAGAAGCUGACCGAUCGCCAGAUCGCUAAUUUGUGUAUUGGUAUUCUGAUGGGUGGUCAGCACACCUCUGCCUCUACUUCUGCAUGGGCUUUGCUCCACCUUGGUCAAAAGCCUCAGUACCAGGAGAUGAUGUACGAAGAGCAGGAGCGUGUGUGUGGUCGUGAUGCCGAUGGUAAGCUUAACGACAUUACCUACGAGGAUCUUCAGGAGAUGCCUUUCCUUACUGCCGUUAUCAAAGAGACUCUGCGUCUGCACUCUCCUCUGCACUCGAUUUUCCGCAAGGUUCUGCGCCCUAUGCCUAUUCCCAACACCAACUACGUUGUUCCCAAGGGCCACUACGUUAUGGUUUCCCCUGGCUACUCUAUGAUGCACGAGGACUACUUCAAGAACGCCCAUGACUUUGUUCCCGAGCGUUGGUUGGAGGUGGAUACCCGUAAGGAUACUGAAGAGACCAUCGACUAUGGGUUUGGCGAAGUCUCCAAGGGCGCCGCCUCUCCCUACUUGCCUUUCGGUGCUGGCCGCCAUCGCUGUAUUGGCGAGCAAUUCGCCUACGUUCAGCUCGGUACUAUUUUCUCUACGUUUGUGCGUGAAAUGAAGUGGACGCUCCCCGAGGGCGGAAAGCUGCCCGAGGUCGACUUUGAGUCCAUGGUCACUUUGCCCAAGCACCCUGCCAAGGUUGUGUACGUUAAGCGGGAAGAAAAAGUUUAA